AUGCUAUGUCAUUUGUCUGCUGUACUCAUUUGUUAUCUUGGCAUUGUUACGUCUCAAAUAAUCUAUACAAUAUAUCAUUUCAAUGAUGAACAAAGGAGACAAAUAAUCACAAUUCACAAUCAGUUACGGGCUCAGGAACCGGCAUCAAACAUGCAAGAACUGGUUUGGGAUCAACGGCUUGCUGAUCUGGCAUACGGCCAUGCUAAACGAUGUGAUGCUUGGCAUCGCAGUGCUUAUGAACGACAAGGUUAUGGUUAUUCCUAUAUUGGUGAAAAUAUUUGGUGGAGUAAUGAAGCUUAUUUACGAUCCAAUCUUCAAACAGCAAUGUUGGACUUCUUCAAUGAGAAACCGUAUUAUGAUUACAAUGAAAAUAAAUGCAUGGAAGGCGCUCAAUGUGGGCAUUACACACAGUAUGUCUGGGGUGAAACAUGUGCUGUGGGUUGUGCUGCAGUUCACUGUUAUGGUAUUAAGAAUGGAAGAGGUAUAAAUCAAGGACAUAUCAUUAUUUGCAAUUAUGGUGAAGGUGGUAAUCAAUUUGGCAAACGGCCGUAUCUUUUUGGACCGCGAUGUUCCAAUUGUCAAUGUGGCGGAGAGUGCACUUCAGAGGGCCUCUGUCCUCCAUGCUGUUCCGGCAUGCGUUACCUUCAACAAAGAAAUUUCUUACCUCUACUAAUACAACAGUCUCGUAAAUCAUGGCAAAAUAAAAUCAAUAGGCAACAAAAGCAAAAAAACUAUCAGCUAAAUGGGAAUGGCAAAUUGUAUAAUUAUGAGUGCCAAGACUUGGAGCCAUAUUGUGAGUAUUGGGUUCGAAAUGUCGGAUGCUAUAGCAAGCAUCGAAAUUUCAUGAUUAAGCGUUGCUCUAAAACUUGUAAUACUUGUCACCCACUUUUCUCUGCCGUUAACCAAGUACGCAGCUGUACUGAUGACAAUCCGAAUUGUGACUUAUGGGCAAGACAUGGUGAAUGUCACGGCUCUCGGGAAGCAUAUAUGGCAGCGAAUUGUCGGCUUUCUUGCGCUCUCUGUAUUCCAUCCAGCUAUCAUAAACACAGAUAUCAAAGCAAUAGUUUAAAUGAUAUAUUAAUUUGA